AUGUCUGAAGGCGACUGUGCCGCAGCUGUAACGGCCGGCUACGCGUUUGGGGACGACCAGCCGGAAAACUACGAUGAAUUUAUGAUCUCAGACGAUGAAAACGACAUGGAAAUCGAGAUGGACGAGGAAAGCGACGGCUCGUUCGACAAGCUGGCCAGUCCGCCCACUGCGCAGCAGGAGAGUGACACCAAUGGCAGCCUUGUCGUGAGUGCUCAGAUGCUGCUCGAAGAGCGGCGUUUUCAAGAGGCGGCCACAACGCUAGAGAAAGCUGCGACUAAACUGCAAGCGCAAUCGCACGCAUCAGCAGUGGCCACCCUGUUGCAUAUUGUGCGCUGUCGCUUUUUCAUGUGGACACAGGACUCAACCGACUUUUCUGCAGUCCAAAAUGCCAUCGAUGGCCUCACAAACGCGCUUCAUUCCGCGCACAGCGAACGGGCCGCUCUUCGGGAUCUCAUCAACGAGCUUGCUCCAGCUUUAGGCUCUAGUCUCCUUCUAAACCCGGCCUGGGAUCUAAACAAAAACCCGAUUCUACAGUCCAAGCUGUUUUUGAAGGGAAUCAGCACCUUGGGCCACAAAGCUGACCCUUUUUUUUGGCGAUCCCGCUCACUGCAGUACGAACUGGCUGCUUCACGAUUGUCCGCCACAGACACCACCGCCGUAGCGGUUGGCUUUGUCGAAGAGCUCUCAAAUGCAACGGCAAAGGGUGCAGAUCAGCUCGACAAUCUCGAAUUUGUCCUGACGUGGUGUGUAUCGGGCUCGAUGAACGGCACGCUAGCAGGACCUACCGAGGGGCUCGAAGAACUUGUUAGUCGCAUUUCUGCACAGCUGCAAAACUUCUUUUCGCGGCCUUUGCCCUUGAUGGCCACUAUCCACUUUACAAAAGCGUAUCUUGUCCUGGGUCAGCUUUCUGCUACAAACAAAAAGUCAAUCUUGCAAUGCAACACCGAGCUCUGGCAGUCGUUCAAGUGUCUCGAGGAAAUAGGUAACAAGACCGCAUUUCAGGAGCUAGUUUUCUGCGCGUUCAUUCUAUCGAGUCUGCUGUUGUUGGGCCAGAAAACUCAAACAAACGACAUCAUCUCUCCCUUUGAGCUCGAACAGAUCAAAGUUCUGGAGACCCCGCUUUCACGCAAUUUGGAAAAGCUCUACCAGGCUUUUGUUGAAUACGAUCUAAAGCGGUUUGCUGCAGCGCUGGACGCCUCGGACCAAUUUUCCCAUGUCAUACGACCGCUCAUCGCCGCUGUCAUCCAUUUGCUGCAAGUGCGUAUGCUGUGGCACCGCUUGGCCGUGUGUUACUCGUGCAUCUCGCUGGCCGACAUCCAAGUCCUAUUAACGGUGGGCCAUUUGCCGCCACUGUCACGAAAUGCGGUUCUCACGAUACUUAUGCAGAGUAUCAUGGCAGACACAGCGCCCGUGUUUUUCAAGCUAGACUUGACGCAAGAUUUGGUUUAUUUUGGCGACGACGGCCGCAAACCGCUCACCGUUUACACGAAAGACUCCUACUUGGCUUCAAAGGACACCAAUGGCCAGCCAGACAUUUCCCAAGGAACUGCCAAUAUGCCUCCCAUUGAGUGGAUUGGUAGUAUCGGGGUUUUCGACUUACCACCACGUAGACUCAAGGGUCCGAAACCUUUGGCAUUGGUACAAGAAUUGAAGCAGCUACGCGAAAUCCCCGCCGUGGUCGAUCACUCACAGCAAAAUGCGACUUUGAAGUACUCAGAAUUGGCGGAUUACGUCCGCGACACACUGCGAUGA